UUUAGCAUCUUUGCUCUCGAUUCUCGGCAUCUAUUGUCAGAUUCGACUCUCUGGUCUUUGAUUAUAAAUCCAACAGUCCACAUUAACCCACACCUUAACAUAAAUAAGCAUUCACCCUCCUCACUACCCUCACAACCUCAAAAACUACAGAGGAAAGGCGAACAUAUUUUCGUUUUCGUUUUAGCUUCUGGGUUUUCAUUUUCUUCAAUCAUGGAUGUUUUAGAUUCUCCAAUUGAUGCUUUGGCUUUUGAUUAUGUGAAUCUCGGGAUUCUUGCUAUCAUUAACAAUUUAUGGACGUGGGUUGCCGUUAUAACAGCUGCCGUUAGCUUUUGGAGGAUCAGAGCCGCUGGAGCCGUCAAAACGCUGGCGGAACCAUCACCUUCACCGGAUUACAUUGAACGCCAAAUCACUGAGUCAUCUCAUCCCGAAACAUCAUCAUCAUCAUCAUCAACAACAACAACAACAACGCCUAAGUCAGUUACAGAACCAGCAGCUCCCGGUUCAGUGAGUUCAAGUCCAUCCGUGUUUGAAGACAAUGGACCGAAAAAAGGGAAGUUUGUGGUGUAUUAUCAAGAUGAUGACAGACAAAAUGAAGGUAACCUUGACGACGACGACGAAGACGGCGAGGAGGAGUUAACGGUUCUUGGAGAGUGGCGUAGGUGUGGGGGAGAGAUAACAUUGUGGGAGAGAAUGUUGAGGGUGAGCAUGGGGGAAUAUGGAUGGUACAGAUGUCAGGAUUUGACGGUCAUUAACGGCAACGUUGUUAGGUUAUGGGAUGGGGUUAGAAGGGAAAAGAAGAGCUCGGGCAGUGUCGCUUGGUAGGUGGUCAGAGAAUGUUUAGAUGCUUGAUUAAGUUGUUUUAAUAAAUGUAAAUACAUCAAUUGUUGGUUGGAACAAC